AUGAGCACGUUUGUGUUGUCCCCCACGCCGCCGCCGCCGCCGCUGCCGCCGCCGUCGCCGCGCGCCCGCGGUCUUCGGUACCCGGCCGAUCGUUCGGCACAAGGCGAUGGGAACCGCGCCGAGAAACGUCGUCCCGUCCGGGCCGCAGUCUUCGCCGUACGCGCCAGCAGCGUCGCCGCCGGUCCGAGUAUCGAGUCGUCCGUGCGUCCGUCCGG